UAUGCCAGAGUAAAGCAGGACUUGCCCGGAUUGUGUCUUGUGUUCUCCAGUAUUAGGCCAACGGACUUCGCUCAGUCCCAGAAUUUCAAGCUUGAGGCGGCUAGCCUCUCUAGCAAGUUGUUCCAGUUUGCCUUGUUGGGCAAGGGUUAAAACAUUCCAAGUUCCAAUUCGUGUCCGUGUUUUCAUGCUAAAAGUCGUCGCCAAAGUUCCAGGUCGGUCAUUUCUUUCGGAUUCCGUAACAAUUUCAAAUCGGGAGCAGUAGGUUGUUAGCCUAAAGUCCCUAUCCCGCGAUGGGGCUGCCAUCUUGGACUUAGCUGGCGGGAGCCGCAUUUCAUAAAUUCAGCCGCUUGCUGCAAACUUAGAUUGAAGGAAUGAAACCAAAUGAACCAAAGUGUCCCAACAUUUGUUAGCUGAAUACUUAUACUCAUAAAGUAACUGCCUAUAUACAAGGUCUUGGCGCUUCGAUUCAAAAGCAAUGCUGUCUUAAGGCGUGGUUCAACCCCUUAUCAUAUUCACACAUGUUGUGGGAUCUUAAAGGUCUCAAAAACUCAGUAAGAUCUUCGCUGUAGCAUGUAGAAGCAGAAAAACUAUUCAGGGGUGGUCUUGACAGGAUACUCACUUUGUCGUUCCCCAAUUGGCCUUACCUUGACGGUUAAAAACUUACGAAAGGUGUUGCUGCGAUGCGCAUGAGUUACUUCCAAAGCGUUACCCAACAUUGAUUGUUCAAAAUGAUUGUCGGUGCUUUAUUUAAGAACAACCCACCAUCCCGAAAACACACUGAAGAUGAAUGUCAAGGUUAUAAAAAAAGAGGUCAGAAAUUCAAGAAAUAUCUUCUAUACAGCUUUAUUUAAAUAAGGUGUGUUCAACAGAACUCAAUCGAAAUCAAUUGAAAUGGAUUGACAGUUGAUCAGCUGUUUUUCCAAUUGACUUCGAUCGAUUUCUAUCGGGCUGCUGAAUGAACAGCCAGACACUAAUACUAAUGCGCUUAGUUUGUAUUCAUUUUUUAUUCGGCUGCGCGCCUCACUUCAAGCAUAGAGUUGUUUUUGACAUUUCUCACGCACAUUAACUAGCGUCCCACUGGCGUGUACGGAUAAGAACGGGACAAUUAACCUCCAAAAAUGUCAGUGCAAAAAUCGGACAGCCGGCUGACGAACACGGUCGUUUUUGAGGUUAAUGUUCCCAAAAUGACAAAGUGUUAGUGGAACGCCCUGAAUUGUGACACGAAUACUACUAGCGGCAAAUAGGACUAUUCGUCCACAAAUUUUGCGGACAGCAAACGCUGAGGCUGAUAUGCGACUUCGUGAUCGCAACCGGAAUCCAUCUAGACGAUCGGGAACUUUUCUACGAAAAGUAUGACGAUGACGAUUAUGUGCCCUGAGCCAAGUGGCUGAGAAAGCUGCUGAAGGAGUGGCGGAAAACUUGGAAGAUACCAAGGGCCAAGGGGCAAAGCAUCAAGGAAUGGGAUUCUAUGUUGGGUUCAUGUACCGAAAUCGCUAACCGAUUUAACAGCAAGGGCCAGUAUGUCUACCGCGAUAAAGACCGACGGAUGUGCGAACAGAACAAAUCGAGUUUUGUUGUUGCUUAUCCGGAAAUUAAUGAUGAAGUUGCCAGGGAAAUUGUGUUGACAAACAUAAUAUUAAAUAUGUCAUCAUGAUAAUAAGAAAUACAAUUCAUGGGAUUAAUUUAAAAUUUAUUUCGCAUCUUAUCAUAUCGUUACGACCAACCCAACACGGACUCUCUGACACAACUUUCAAUCCUACAAAAUUUUCCUUUGUUCACGAGCAGCGGCAGCAACUGAUUCAACUAACACCAUAUCACUAACACUGCGCAACAGGCACAGAACCAUCACUUUUUGAUCAGUUGCUGCAGCAAGCACACGACCUGAUGAAACCAACGCAGCAACACCGACACCGCACCGACAGAUUCUACCAGCACCGCACCACCCAAGACGGACCACACCAACACGGACUCCCUGCAGCAACUGAUUCGACUGACACCUGCUAGCACUGUACCACCGCCCCGACACAGAACCACUGGCACACAACCACUGUCACAGCACCAUCGACGCUGCACCCGUUGACUCCAAUGUAACUUGCACUGCACGACUCACCACAUCACAACAAAAAUUAAAAACAAAUCGAACCAGCUGUUUUUGACAGUAAACAACCGCAUGUGUGUUAUACUGUAUUUGUUUUCACCACCCGAAAGUGUUGCACCUUCCAAGCUGAAAACGAGCAUGAAUCGAGUUUUGCACUAAUCUUUGUUGGUGUGCGUGAAAUCGGCAGUGUCAACAGAAAACAUCAAGCUGUCAAAAAUCCAUUACAGCUGGUAUUUGUUUUCGUUUGACUUCGAAAAUUGAAAUGAAAUUUACUUUAGUUGAUCAUUAUCUUUUAAAUAUAUUCGAGUGCUAGCAGAAGAGACGAACGGAUGUAUUCGAGAGCUAAGUUUUAUAUUCCGAAAAAUUAACAACCAAGUUUUGAAGAAAAUAGCGGGAGAAAAUUAGUUGAAGUGUUGUGACAUAAAGUAGCUGUGAAAUAAAGAAAAGUUAUAGUGCUUUGUGACAAUAAGCCGAUUAAAUCGGCGAAAGGACGCCUAGGCGGCUUGACCGCCAUUUUUUCCCUUGUGUUGAGAAAAAAGCCAAAAUGGCGUCCGGUAGUGUGACGUCAUCAAAACCCAAAAAAGAGCCGGAGAAUUUUGAAUAUAACAACAACGAUACAGGGCCGUAUCGAGUGUUUGUCGAGUUAAAGGAGCAAGGAGCGUCAAAUGUCAACAUAAACAAAUUUUCACUGGGAGCUCACCUGAAGAAAAUCGAAGAUAUCAAGGGCAAUGUGCAGGAGCUACAACAACUUGGAAAAAAUAAAAUCAUCGUGAAACUCAACAACUACGAUAAAGCAAAUAAACUGGUGAAUUUGAUCAAUACCGACAACAGCAUAUAUCGGGCUUACGUUCCCAAACAUGCUGUCAGCAUAUCUGGAGUCAUCGCAGACAUUCCACUAGAAAUCACCGAAGAAGAAAUACUGAACGACAUCGAAAGCGAAGCACCGGUAAUCUGUGUCAAACGACUUUUUAGAUACGAUGAAAAUAAUGAGAAAAUCUUCAGCCAAAGGGUAAGUGUUACUUUUCGAGCUUGUGUACUCCCCCGCAACGUACGACUGUUUUGUUGCGUCACCCGCGUUCAACCGUUUCUACAGAGAUCUAAUUUCUGUCAGAACUGCCUGAGAUUCGGACACAAAACAGAAAAUUGCAAGGGUCGAAAAAGGUGCCACAAAUGUGGUAUCAUUCAUAAUUCGGAUAAAGAAUACGAGGAGUGUAAGUCGCAAAUUAAAUGUGUAUUUUGCAAAACCACCGAACACGUCUCAGGAGCCAUUAACUGUCGUGAAACUAUUCGCCAAAAAAACAUUAAAAACACCAUGGCAUACCAAAAUCUAACAUAUGCAGAAGCCCAGAAACUAACCCCUAUCACUACGAUGAAUAGAUUUGAAUCUCUCAACCAAACAUCUUCUUUCCCUGCCAUCAAUGAAACUUUUGCUAAAGUAGUCUCGAAGUCCAAUGAACUCAAACAACAAUGGUCAAAAACAAACGAAAUGCGUCCCAAAUUGUUCCCAACUGUCCCUUCAAAACAAAAUAACGAACCAAUAAAAAGUGCCCCUAAACGAAUCCGUAACGAAGAACCAACCGGAGUCUAUUACGAUAAUAUUAAUUUAUCCCACAACAACGGUACAGGCUUGAACAACCCUCACAAAACAUCUGACACCAAUACAUAUAUAAUGCGUAAAGUUGCUGAGACGAAAAAAGAAUUCCAGUUAAUGAUGAUGAAUUUUUACACCGAACUAGUUGGCCAGGAAAAUACUGAUCCUGAAUCAGUACAGAGAUUUAAACAGCUUGCAAAAAAACAUCUAAAACUUGACACCACAUUCAUGUAAAAUGCAUUAAAAAUUUUCACCUUACCAGAAAUUUGACAUUAUUCCUUAAAUAGACGAUUCAACUACAAUACCCUUUAUUUUGGUUAGUUAUUGAGAAUCUUAAUCAUACUAAACAGCCUCUAUUAUGGAUAGUAACAAAAUCCUUCAGUGCAAUAUACAAAGCAUUUGGAAGAACAAGGAUGAGUUACAAAGGGUACUUACUGGCGAAAACUAUCUCGCUGCCUUGAUAUCUGAAACAUGGUCGGAAAAAGAUCAAGAGAAUACCAAAAAGUAUAAAAUUAGUAAAUACAAUUCCAUACUGUCCUCCAGAUCCGAUGGGUACGGGGGUGCAGGAAUUUACCUUCGAAAUGACCUCGGUUACGUCCAAAUCCAACUACCACCAACAUCUAAUUACAUUCAAGCGGUUGCCAUAAGAAUUUUAAAACCCAAUAUUGUUUUGGUUUCCAUCUACAUAAGUCCAUCUACAGCCGUCAAAGACAUGCACGCUCAUUUUUUUAUAACCAUUUUCGAGUGUUUUUCAACCGUUUUAUGGGUUUCCUUCAAAAAGUGCGAUAUUUGUUAUUUUUCAACCGGAAUGAAUUAUUAAAUUUUAACCAUAUUCAAAGUUUAUAUUGGAUAACCAGAAUAAUGGUUAAAUUUUCAAUAACAAACGAAUGCUUCGUACCGCCAUUGUUGUUUUUUUCAGUAACUCGAAAAGUUCCACUUGACGGCUCCAAUAAACUUCCGCGCUACGGAUAAGGUGGGAAGCGUCAGAUACCGUUCUCUGUAAUCAUUCGCAUAUGUACAAUACUAAAGAUGCUGAGUUUGUCGAGUCCGGAAGUUUGUUAUUCUGGCCUCAGUUCACGCGGAGGAAGAUUUCCAAGAUGCUUAAGGAUACGGAUUUGGAGAAUACCUGAGACAUAAGUUAGAGAUUGAGUCAUGAGCGUUGUAUUUUGUUGCCAGGUUGCAGGUUUAGGCAAUAUUAAAACCAAUGCGAUGCAGAUGUGACGAAAUCUAAUGGUGAAGCUGGUUCCAAAUUGCACUGCCUAAAAUUGCUACACUUUAUCCGAAUACCGGCAGUUCUACGGAUACUGGCAAAGAAUGCUGAAAAUGGAUUGCUUUGGCAUCUUCCAAAAGAAAUAUGGGGGCUCAUUGGAAAUCGAAGAGACUGAUCCUACGACUUCCAGCGAUUCGUCCCAGCCGGUGUAGAAUAGAUGUGUAUCUCUAUUGCCAGCAUCCAACAGUGGGGAUACCGGUAGAAGCAACCGGAACAGGUGCAACACGAAAAAAUCUGUUAUGAAAGCUCUAAUAAAGAGACCACCGAUUGAAUUCUGUAAUUUUACAUUAAUCCUGGUUAUUUUCUUUU